GGGCUGCAUGUUGGUCAUUUAAAAAGAAGCCAUAGUUUGGGAAAAGUCAUCGUAUAGCGGUGGGAAAGGAAAAAUUGGGGAAGGCCAAGAAGGAAAGGGGAAAGGGGUACAUGCAACGUUUUUGACAAGCCAUAAGGGAGCUUGAACUUUUGAGCGACGCACGUGAACCAGAAGUAACUCUCCCCUUUUUAUAUGCCUUGAUGCUACCAAAAUGUAAUGCUAAGUUUCCUUACUCUUAAUGAGGCGAAUAACUUGAAAAUUUGGGCGUAACUACGGCCCACAAUGCAAAAAGCUCACUUUCGUUUGACGUGCGAAGUACUACAGAAGACUACAGAAGGAAGUCUCGUGCGACGUGUAGUUAUCUGUAAGCAGUUAGAGAGGAAGAGACAGAGAGAGAGAGAGAUUACUUUAUCGAAGAUUUCAAACAUUACUUACCGCUUACGGGUACAAUAUUCGGCUCCAAAAGGAAAACUGCCCUCAAUGCACAAUGAAAACAAAACGACUAUUACACAAAAUUUCAUUCGUAAGCACAAAUUCUAACGAAGACUUUACGUUCGAUCACGCGAUCACGCGAUCACGAGUGCCCGCUACAAACAGGUCAGCGGUUGAAAAAAAAGUCAAUGGGUGUAGGGUGGGGAAAAUUCUAUGAACAUGGAGUUGAGGCUAGGCCAUGUGGAAAGCCUGGAAAAAGGCUAUCUUUCGUCUUUUGUUACAUGUACUUGUAUGUAGAAUUUCAGGAAGGGUAAAAAGAUGAAACACUCGCCACUCGAUUGUCUGUUUUUCGUUAUUUAUGCUGUGGCUUCUGUUCUGGCUGAAACUCCAACAUAUGAGAACAAGAUAGACUCUUCUGGAGAAAAUAAUUCCACGAUCAAAGACACGAAGAUGCUGGUUUGUAUCCUUUUGUGCAAGCUUAAUAAGCUUUUUAACUAAUAAUGUUCUUACUGAUUAGGACUUCUUUUAGACACAGUGCAGUUGAAACUUGUUCAAGUUUCCUUGACUAUCUUCGCUCGCAGAUCGUGCAGUUUUUAAAGAAAAACGUGCUCAACAAGUCGUUGCUGCAGAGAGUAUUCUAAAGCUUGCUGAUUAUUCCAAGCAGUAUAAGAUGGUCGAGGUAGUACUUGAAAAAUUAUUUAAGGUAAUUAAUGUACCAAUUUACCAAUGCUGCUUUUGUCGUAAGUUCCUGAAUGAGGGCUCCAGCAUCCGGCAAAUAACCUGACUUCUUAAUACAGUGAAACCUGUAUUAAGUGGACACCCUCUAUUAAGCGGACAGUAGCCGAAGUCCCCAAAUUUAUUUCCCUUAUUCACUUUAAAUGAAACCUUUAUUAAGCAUACACCUCUAUUAAGCGGAUGCAGACACCUAAAAAGUACCAGAAAUGGUCAUUUCUAAUCAACUAUUGUUGACAACCUGUAUUAAACGGACACUUGUAAUAAUAUUAAAUUCCACCACCCAACAUGCCAGACACCGGAAAUGCAAAAGAUUGCCACAAAUUUUUCGAUUUAUGAUUUUUCAAGUCACUUUUUUAAUGUAAAAAUCGAAAAAUUUGUGGCAAUCUUUCACAUUUCCGGUGUCUGGCAUGUUGGGUGGUGGAAUUUAAUUACAAGUGUUCAUUAUUAGUUUCACAGUACAGAGUUAUUUUUUAUUUCGUUUUGUUUGUAUAGAGCUUUUUUUACUCAUCUGAUUUCUUCAAAUUUGAGUUGCAAUCUAUGUUUAUGGUACUAUGAUCAACUGGUCCAUUUUAAUAAAGAAAUUAAUGCCUUGAACGUAUAUUGCCAUAGUCUCUGGGAGUAUUCUAAAUGUUUCCACUGUUCAUUUGAGUGGCAUUUGACACCUCAUGUGACAUUAUCUAUUGAAACCUGUAUUAGGCGGACACCCUGUAUUAAGCGGACACUACAGCAUUCCCCGAGGGUGUCCGCUUAACACAGGUUUCACUGUAAAAUCAUUAUUAUGCAUAGGUCAGAUUAGAUUCUCUUCUGUUUAAGGCUGCAUGCACCUAGCUAGGGCACGGUUCUCUUGGGGUUAGAGGGGUUGACCAUCUUAUCAGACGUGGUAUCCCAAUGAAGCAGUCUGUAAGGCACACACUCAAAUAUUUUAGCCAAACAGACUCUCAGUACAUUUGUUAAUAGCUACCAUCUUUGAUUUAAAAAACACUGGGAGAUUGGGCACAGUAGACAAAUGUAAUAUUGAUACGGGCACUAUUCUAACCCGGAGGGGGGCACUUUAGGAAUUUUUGGCUGGUUAUGUGUCGCUGGGACCCUGGAACCUGUAACCUAUACCAGAGCUAGUUCAGCUGAAUUUUGCUACCCUAUACUAGACUAAACUUCCGAAUUCCCCUAUCCUAGAGUAGCUUUUAGUAGCUUUUAAGGUGGCUCCGUAAUUAAUACAAGAGCAUUUAGCUGUGACAAAUUUUCCGUCAUAACUUUUUGGUUAUUAACGCGAUGGCUGCGAAACUUUGCAAAGAACAACAGAUAUCAUUAGGCAAUGAUUCGAAAUAUUCCGAGUUCACUGAUGGUAAAUAUUUCUCGAGAAAUAAGCGCUUAAAAGGACCCUACUGUUCAAAGAAAAUCGCGUCUAGUAAAAAAUUUUGCUGAUAUUUUUUACUGAAAUUUCUGGUAUCGGCUUUAAUUGAUAUAAUAAAUAUGCCAGAGGAAUUUCAGAAAAAUCGUUGGAGCAGAAGUCCGAAACUAAAAGUCGCUCAAAAUUCAGCUGUGAAAUUGUUUUGGAAUUUCAAAAAUAAAUUACCAUCAGCGAGAAGGAGCCACCAGUUUGAAUUUUCGGGACAAGUAAAUUCAGUGUUUGCUAAUUCUGAAAACAGAAGCCGAUUGCCUAUCGUGCUAUUCUUUAAAAGGUACUGUUCAGUUUUAGAAGCACUAUAAAUUGCAGCAGGAGUUUGAACCAAAACUGCCAUGGGAUAUUUUAAAAAUGUCGAAUAAGAACAAGUAAUUCUACCUCAGAGCAAGGUUUGGAGCAAUUUAUAGUGCUUCUAAAACUGAACAGUACCUUUUAAAGUAUAGCACGAUAGGCAAUCGGCUUCUGUUUUCAGAAUUAGCAAACACUGAAUUUACUUGUCCCGAAAAUUCAAACUGGUGGCUCCUUCUCGCUGAUGGUAAUUUAUUUUUGAAAUUCCAAAACAAUUUCACAGCUGAAUUUUGAGCGACUUUUAGUUUCGGACUUCUGCUCCAACGAUUUUUCUGAAAUUCCUCUGGCAUAUUUAUUAUAUCAAUUAAAGCCGAUACCAGAAAUUUCAGUAAAAAAUAUCAGCAAAAUUUUUUACUAGACGCGAUUUUCUUUGAACAGUAGGGUCCUUUUAAGCGCUAAUUUCUCGAGAAAUAUUUACCAUCAGUGAACUCGGAAUAUUUCGAAUCAUUGCCUAAUGAUAUCUGUUGUUCUUUGCAAAGUUUGGCAGCCAUCGCGUUAAUAACCAAAAAGUUAUGACGGAAAAUUUGUCACAGCUAAAUGCUCUUGUAUUAAUUACGGAGCCACCUUAAAAGCUACUAAAAGCUACUCUAGGAUAGGGGAAUUCGGAAGUUUAGUCUAGUAUAGGGUAGCAAAAUUCAGCUGAACUAGCUCUGGUAUAGGUUACAGGUUCCAGGGUCCCAGCGACACAUAACCAGCCAAAAAUUCCUAAAGUGCCCCCCUCCGGGUUAGAAUAGUGCCCGUAUCAAUAUUACAUUUGUCUACUGUGCCCAAUCUCCCAGUGUUUUUUAAAUCAAAGAUGGUAGCUAUUAACAAAUGUACUGAGAGUCUGUUUGGCUAAAAUAUUUGAGUGUGUGCCUUACAGACUGCUUCAUUGGGAUACCACGUCUGAUAAGAUGGUCAACCCCUCUAACCCCAAGAGAACCGUGCCCUAGCUAGGUGCAUGCAGCCUUAAACAGAAGAGAAUCUAAUCUGACCUAUGCAUAAUAAUGAUUUUACAGUGAAACCUGUGUUAAGCGGACACCCUCGGGGAAUGCUGUAGUGUCCGCUUAAUACAGGGUGUCCGCCUAAUACAGGUUUCAAUAGAUAAUGUCACAUGAGGUGUCAAAUGCCACUCAAAUGAACAGUGGAAACAUUUAGAAUACUCCCAGAGACUAUGGCAAUAUACGUUCAAGGCAUUAAUUUCUUUAUUAAAAUGGACCAGUUGAUCAUAGUACCAUAAACAUAGAUUGCAACUCAAAUUUGAAGAAAUCAGAUGAGUAAAAAAAGCUCUAUACAAACAAAACGAAAUAAAAAAUAACUCUGUACUGUGAAACUAAUAAUGAACACUUGUAAUUAAAUUCCACCACCCAACAUGCCAGACACCGGAAAUGCGAAAGAUUUUGUGCUUUCGCAUUUCCGGUGUAUGGCAUGUUGGGUGGUGGAAUUUAAUUACAAGUGUCCGUUAUUAGUUUCACAGUACAGUAUUGUUUUCUAUUUUGUUUUGUUUAGAGCUUUUUUUACUUAUCUGAUUUCUUCAAAUUUGAGUUGCAAUCUAUGUUUAUGGUAUUAUGAUCAACUGGUCCAUUUCAAUAACGAAAUUAAUGCCUUGAACGUAUAUCGUCAUAGACUCUGGGAGUAUUCUAAACGUUUCUGAGACUGUUCGUUUGAAUGGCAUUUGACACCUCAUGUGACAUUAUCUAUCGAAACCUGUAUUAGGCAGACACCCUGUAUUAAGCGGACACUACAGCAUUCCCUGAGGGUGUCCACUUAAUACAGGUUUCACUGUAAAAUCAUUAUUACGCAUAGGUCAGAUCAGAUUCUCUAAUUCUGUUUUAAAGCUGCAUGCACCUAGCUAGGGCACGGUUCUCUUGGGGUUAGAGGGGUUGACCAUCUUAUCAGAUGUGGUAUCCCAAUGAAGCAGUCUGCAGGACACACACUUAAAUAUUUUAGCCAAACAGACUCUCAGUACAUUGUUAAUAGCUACCAUCUUUGAUUUAAAAAGCACUGGGAGAUUGGGCACGGUAGACAAAUGUAAUAUUGAUAUGGGCACUAUUCUAACCCAGAGGGGGGCACUUUAGGAAUUUUUGGCUGGUUAUGUGUCGCUGGGACCCUGGAACCUGUAACCUAUACCAGAGCUAGUUCAGCUGAAUUUUGCUACCCUAUACUAGACUAAACUUCCGAAUUCCCCUAUCCUAGAGUAGCUUUUAGUAGCUUUUAAGGUGGCUCCGUAAUUAAUACAAGAGCAUUUAGCUGUGACAAAUUUUCCGUCAUAACUUUUUGGUUUUUAACGCGAUGGCUGCCAAACUUUGCAAAGAACAACAGAUAUCAUUAGGCAAUGAUUCGAAAUAUUCCGAGUUCACUGAUGGUAAAUAUUUCUCGAGAAAUAAGCGCUUAAAAGGACCCUACUGUUCAAAGAAAAUCGCGUCUAGUAAAAAAUUUUGCUGAUAUUUUUUACUGAAAUUUCUGGUAUCGGCUUUAAUUGAUAUAAUAAAUAUGCCAGAGGAAUUUCAGAAAAAUCGUUGGAGCAGAAGUCCGAAACUAAAAGUCGCUCAAAAUUCAGCUGUGAAAUUGUUUUGGAAUUUCAAAAAUAAAUUACCAUCAGCGAGAAGGAGCCACCAGUUUGAAUUUUCGGGACAAGUAAAUUCAGUGUUUGCUAAUUCUGAAAACAGAAGCCGAUUGCCUAUCGUGCUAUACUUUAAAAGGUACUGUUCAGUUUUAGAAGCACUAUAAAUUGCUCCAAACCUUGCUCUGAGGUAGAAUUACUUGUUCUUAUUCGACAUUUUUAAAAUAUCCCAUGGCAGUUUUGGUUCAAACUCCUGCUGCAUACAUUUUGAUGUAUUGCAAUGCAUUUUCAACGACUUUUACUUCUGUUCGUUGCUUCCAACUCAGGAAAAAAGUAUUGAGAUUGGACUACCUCGUACCAGAGCUCAGAUAGAACUGUCCAGCACCUUUGUUUAUGACUACAAAAUGAGCACCAGCGGCAGUUCUGCGUGGAAUUCGCACCUCACACAGGGGGGACGAACGACAUCGAUGACCAUGCCUGUGAACGAAUAACAUCACAGUCCAAAAUAAAAUUAUCUUAAAAAUACUGCCCGUGAAUAAAUUUACAACUCUGGAAUUUUUUGUCACUCCUUCCCUCAAUGAAUGGGUAUUUUUCUUGAUUAUUAUGUUUUGCUCUGCAAUACAUGUUUAUACAGAUCGGUUCACAGACAUGGGCAUCAUUGUCAUUCGUCCCCCCUGGCUGAGGUGGCGAAUUCCUCGCACAAGUGCCGCUUCGUGCUCAUUUUCUGGUCAUAAACAAAGGUGCUGGACAGUUCUAUCUGAGCUUUGAUACAAGGUAGCUUACAAUCCCAAUACCUUUUUCCUGAAUUGGAAACAACGUACAGCAGCAGGAAAAGCCGUUGAGGAUGCAUUGCAAUACAUCAAAAUGUGUGCAGCAGGAGUUUGAACCAAAACUGCUAAGGGAUAUUUUAAAAAUGUCGAGGAACAAGGACAACAAGUCAUUCGAAGUCAGAGCAAAGUUUUGAAGCAAUUUAUAGUGCUUCUAAAACUGAACAGUACCUUUUAAAGAAUAGCACGAUAGGCAAUCGGCUUCUGUUUUCAGAAUUAGCAAACACUGAAUUUACUUGUCCCGAAAAUUCAAACUGGUGGCUCCUUCUCGCUGAUGGUAAUUUAUUUUUGAAAUUCCAAAACAAUUUCACAGCUGAAUUUUGAGCGACUUUUAGUUUCGGACUUCUGCUCCAACGAUUUUUCUGAAAUUCCUCUGGCAUAUUUAUUAUAUCAAUUAAAGCCGAUACCAGAAAUUUCAGUAAAAAAUAUCAGCAAAAUUUUUUACUAGACGCGAUUUUCUUUGAACAGUAGGGUCCUUUUAAGCGCUAAUUUCUCGAGAAAUAUUUACCAUCAGUGAACUCGGAAUAUUUCGAAUCAUUGCCUAAUGAUAUCUGUUGUUCUUUGCAAAGUUUCGCAGCCAUCGCGUUAAAAACCAAAAAGUUAUGACGGAAAAUUUGUCACAGCUAAAUGCUCUUGUAUUAAUUACGGAGCCACCUUAAACUUGUUGAUUUGAAUUUUUAAUAUUUUUGAGGGGCAAUUCCCAAUUUUCCCUGGCCUAGACUAAAAUCUUCAACCAAUUGUUCAGUUUCCUGGAAAAUCAUACUUUAUUCUAGACCCAAACUCUCUGAUUUAUAUCCCCCAUCCCAGAGUAAACUGCUUGAAAACCACACCCUUCACAGCGGCACAUAACUACAUGUAUAUAGCCCAUAGUGAAGUUGAGGGGGAUUGGGAUUUCUCACCUGUCUUCCCAAGCCUUCCAGAUGCAUCACAAAAAUCAAUAAUAACUGUUUUAAACCAAGCAAAACCUGGUUCUCUGUAUCUCAUGGUGUCAGUAAAAUUAGUUGUUGUCAGUACAGUUCACCAUCAGCUGAUAUAGCAAUAAGCUAUAAGCGUUAAGUUUUCUGGUAACUACGCAUUUAUCAUGAUUAUCAAUUUGCGCCAAACAAAUGUCAACAUAAUCGAAGAAAAAGGUUAUGAAAACUAUCACCAAAAUGAAAAAUUUUAAUGUUUUGAUCUUUUAUCAAAUUCUGCUGACCAAAUUAAUCUCUAAGAAAAUGUAUCCAGGAGAAUUUGUAUGUGAAUUUGCCCAAAACACAGCACAAAUUUCAUUUUAGACUAUAGCUAGUGAAUAAGUCUUUAUGAACUGGAGUUUUUUGAUUCACAGGUUUUACAGGAUGCAAGAGUCAAAGUAACAGAGUCAGGAUAUAUCCCGGGACAAGCAUUUCCCACAGAACAGGCACAACUAGAAGGUGACUUGUUUUAUUAUAGAACAUUUUGCACUAUAAAGAGGUCAUGUGAUAUCGUUUUUACGAAAAAUAUGAAAGUUGUAUGAAUUUGCCUCUGAAAAACCACGAUUGGGUCAUAUUUCAAACAAAAUAAUAUGUGAUUUGGUUUUUCAAACCCACACCAUUUUCUUAAAGUGAGUAAAGGUCAUAGCUGGUCUAGCCUCCCACGCAGGCGUUUUUAGGGGAGCUCGUAUUUCUUCCCUCCCCACAAGCGCCUGCUCAACAGAGGACAACAUUCCUUUCCCACGCUUAGCCAAUCACGUUGUACUUUCCAAAUUCUGGAAAGUUGACCUUGACCGCAGGGUAACCCGAUAAUCACGCGAUCUGCAUGAAACUUUAAGAAACCUUCAUGACCUCUAAUAAAUGUUAGUCUCAGAGCGGCAAAAGUAAGAUUUACUCAGUCAGAUUUUAGAAUUCUCUGUGCACUGCAUAACCUUAGCGAACGAAAGAAAAGAAGGAAAAAGGUAACUCUAGGGUCACGUUCUGGGUCACGUUUUUUCAUAUCACGAGCUUAUGAGUCAUGCUUAGCCUGUCAACACUUUAUUUAAAAACCGUUGAUUAGUCACUUACCACGCGAAUGCAACAAUGGGAAAGGAAUGUUGUCCUCUGUUGAGCAGGCGUUUGUGGGGAGGGAAGAAAUACGAGCUCCCCUAAAAACGCCUGCGUGGGAGGCUAUAGCUGGUCAUGCGUGACCAAAAAGUGAUUUUAAAAAUUAUGAAUUUGAACACAAAUUCUGCACUUAAACUUCAAGUAUUUCAAAUGUUGAAAAGGUGAUGUGAUAAAUGUUUACAGUACAUUUGAGUGUAACUAGUCAAACGUAUAACAAUUAAUAUACAAGCAAAAAGUAGUUUAAUUUUGGCUGCCAUGUUGGAGGGAGUAUGUCGUCCAACAUGGUGCCCAAUACAAAUCAUACUACUUUGUCGAAAAACAUCAGUGUGCCAUAAAAUAUCUCUCUUAAAUGUGUUUCCUCUCAAGUUUUGGGUGUAAGAUAAUUUUUAAUAUGCUUUUUAAUGUCAAGCUUUGUUAUCAACAAGAUUGAAUCUAACUCAUUGUCUAAAGGGAAGCAUUAAUUGGUUGGUGACCUCUUAAUGCAAAAGUGGCCUGUUGAUGGCUGGUAGUUAAAAUAGUGGUGAAAGCUUUUAUUUUUGAACACAAUUGUCGUGCAGAAGGUAGUUUUUGAAUGAUCCAGCUAGCAGUACUUUGGGGUUAUUGUAAUUUACAGCUGAGUAGAUUGAGCUCGGGUCGAAGUAGCAGAAAAAUUUUGAGUUGAGGGGAAAUGCUUUAUGUAUAUCUUGACUAGUUAAUUACUGUCUUUGACAAAGAAUACAAUAUGUACCCAUAUUUUUAACAGCUCUGGCAAAUGUCUUAGAGAACACAGCCCUCUUUGGUGAUAUUCUUCUUCGCCUUCCUGAUAUAACACAUGAGGUAAAACAAAAAAUCAGACUUUAUUUUAAAGUGUUAAAGGCUUAAAUUAAAAGAUGUGUACCCAGUAACUUGAUUUUGCUAAAAAGGAAAAGUAGCAUUUCUGCAAUAGACAUUUCCAGUCGCAUGUCUGUAAACAAUAUAUUAUUUAUUCACAUUCCACAGCUUUUUCUUCUCAAAUUGACAUUAAUAUUUACAUACCCUGGCUGCCCAUUAACUCAUCUAAAAACAAAGUUUGUUUGAAAGAAAGAGUUUAUCUCUGGUUUUAUUGCGCACAUGGUUUAUUUAUCCCCACCCCUCUUCUCUUCAUGUGAUGCAACUACUAGUAUAGCAGGAGGCAAUUUUUGUACAUGCGUGCUUCUUUAUGUUGGUUGCAUUGUUCUACUAUUUUGAGGCAAAUAUUUAAGGGCCCACUUGUAGUCUAAAUUUCACUUGAUCACUACACAAAUUUCAGGUUUAUCGUAAAUCCAAAGAGUGGGAACUUCUUGCCAGAUGGAGUGUGAGCUUUUGUAAUGAAACCAAAGUCUAUGAUGACACAGACUCAAAGUUAUUGCACUUGGUGAGUUGUAAACUACAGGUUGUUCUAGACUACGAGUAGUCCCCCAUUUUUCCUCAGGGAUAGUAGAGCAAGCAAAACGCAAGCUCGCAUGAAAAUCACCCCACGCGAGAAAAGGUGACAUGCCACGUGUCACCUUUUCUCGUGUGGGGUGAUUUUCACGCUCACUCGCCUUUCGCUUGCUCUACCAUCCCUGAGGAAAAAUGGGGGACUACUCGUAGUCUAGGGUUGUUCUUUUUGUUUUGAUCUUGAAACUUAUUUAGUAGGACAUGUCAAAUUAAUGACGCUACAUUCCCACCCUUGAAAAUUACAGUGUCUUUGUAAAAGCUGAGACUUUAAAAUUUUUAUUGUUAUCAUGUACAUGUCAAUAAUUGUUGUCCAUGAGAGUUUUUGAAACACCAUUUAAUUUUAAACCUCCUUGGAAACACACAUAUACCUGCCAACUCUCACGCCUUAGGCGUGAGUCUCGCGCCUGCGGGUUGAAAACUUCGAUCUCACACCGGCUCACGCCUGCGGGCCAAUUUCUCACGCCUGAUUGAAAAAUGUGAGUUGUUGCCGUCCUGCUUGACACAAUUUCCAAAAAUAUGUUAACUCAGACCCAUGUAAGGAACGAAAACCAUGUGUAAAAUAAAUAAAUGGCAAUACCUUCCUCGCCAUCUCUGAUUUUUGAAGUGAAAAGCACUGGGAGCGAUCUCGCCUUUGGCAGACUUCGGCAGACUUCGGACAUCUUCGGAAGACUUCAGACUUCUUCGGGAAUCUUCGGAAAUGAUCGUGUCGUCUUCAAAAAUCCCAGCACUCCCAGGAUAAAAACCUCACGCUUAUAUCUCAGAAAAAGUUGGCAGGUAUACACACAAGUUAUCUCAAAUUUGAUUUUUCCACAGCUGCCAGUCAUAAAGGCGUUCACUAGAGAAAAGACAAGAUUAUUGUUCUAUUUUUGCAGCUAGCCCUACAGUUGAGUAGUAAUUAUCAUAUGGCUACAUUGAAUAACUGGCAUUUCUAUUCAUAAUAAUUUAGAUGGCCCAGGAAUUGAGGCUUGUACCAAGGGAUCCUAAUUAUAUAAAUCCAUACAGAAAAAAAGCAAAGAAAGAGGUAUGUGCUAAGUACUCUGUCUCUAAUUAAAACCGGGUAGAUUAAAACAGCUAGGCCAGUUUUAAGCUGGUUUAAGUACAAGGCCUUGCUACAGAAUAAAACUUACAAACACAGUAGUUUUACUGAAACUGGCUCACGGUCUUCCUUUAUAAAGAAAAUUAUAUGCGUCCUCAAAACCUCAAUUAACAACAGUCCAAAUUACAUAUACGAUGUCUUAGAAAACGCAGAUUGCAUGCUAUUCAAAAAGAUCUCCAGCAUGCCCAGCCAGCCUUUGUAUCCUAAUCCCUCCCAAAAACUAAAGAAAGCUCUGUGCACCUCCGAGUUCCAAGCAGCUAAUUCCCUAGGGUUAAUACCCGGUGCUUAAAAAUAGUUUUGUCAAUAGGCUCUUUUUUAAAUACAAAAUUACUGUAGCGAUUUAAUGUAAUUUUUUUCCAUUGUUAAUAUUAAUAUUUUAAACUGAAUUUUAAGGUUUUGUGCUCUUAGGUUUUUAACUGUUUUCAACUUUUGAAAAAAUAAGAUUUAUUAGUUUGGCAUGUAUUUUUGCUGAAACAAAUAAUAAAAACCUAAAGACAGUAGGGCAGGAAAUUCAGAGGUUGUCAUCGUUUCAAAUGUUGUUUCCUUUUAAUGCCACUGUGUUAUUACUAAGUCUGUCCACCAAGGUGGCUGUGAAGGUACCUAAUUUUACUUAAAAGCAUUCUCAAAGGGAUAUUGAUCAAUUUGAAUCUGCAACAAAGCUUUAUCAUUAUAAUUAUAUGGCGGAAUCCACAAGCGGGCAAGAUAAGGCAAAUCCUGUCAACUGAUUGGCUACCCGUGUGGGCAAGGUGGCUGCUCGUGCCCACUUGGGAUUUUCCUUGUUUGUCGAGCAAGAAAAAGUUCUCUUUUUGCCCACACAAUAAAAUAAUCCUUUAUUGACCUAAGUUUGUUUCAGUGGUCAAGAUAACUGGAUAUUGACCUCAUUCAUGAAUUCUUUGUUGCAUUUUUAUCCAUCUCAACUUUGUCUCAGUCCACAGAAAUGAAAAAGAAUGAGGCCAAUAUAUACCAAACCAUCUUGACCUCAUGCGUAGUCAAUGUUGCAAAUUUAAUAAGCACCUAAUUGUAGAAGUUAACUUUGGGCUUGCCUCAAUUUUCUUUCAGCAAAAAAAUAAAGAGAACAGUGAACAAGAAAGUAUAUCAAAGAAAAGCAAGAAGAAAAAAGAGAAAAAGAAAAGAGGGCCAAGAUUAAGCCAUGCUGAAUUGUGA